AUGAGUUUGGAACAUGUUGGGGCAAGGGCUCUCCUCCUGGAGGACGUCUCAGAAGAGAAGUCCUGGAAGAGGAGAAUCCCCGAUCCGUUAAAAGAUAUAGGUGAAGGAAUAGAUAACUUUUGGAAGGUUAUCAUAGAGGGAAAGAAUUGUACUGUGGAGAUACCUGCUGAAAGAUUUGAUACAAGACACUGGUUUGAUCAAGAUUAUAACAAACCAGGCAAGAUAAGCACAACCCGAGCAGCUCUCAUAGACGGAUUUAAUGAAUUUGACAACAGACUAUUUGGAAUACAUAACUCAGAGAGUAAAUCUAUGGAUCCACAACAGAAACUGCUGCUAGAGUGCACAUACAGAGCAUUUGAAAAUGCAGGAAUUCCAACAGAGAACAUCAGCGGAAGCAAAACAGGAGUCUUUAUUGGUAUUAUGAAUCGAGAUGCGGACUCAAUUUUUAAUAAUUAUGCAGAGGGUAUAAAUCAUUUCUAUGGCAGUGGAACAGCAACAAGCAUAGCAGCAAACAGAAUAUCAUAUUGCUUCAAUCUAACUGGACCAUCUCUUGUGAUUGACACAGCCUGCUCCUCUUCCCUUGUCGCAUUACAUUAUGCCUGUCAAGCCAUUAAACAAGGAGACUGUGAGAUGGCUGUAUGUGGUGGAGUGAGCUGUAUAAUAGAGCCCCGUGUCUUUGUUGCUCUCAGCAAGGCUAAAAUGAUUUCUCCUGGAGGAAUAAGCAAACCAUUUUCCAACAAUGCAGAUGGCUAUGGAAGAGGAGAAGGAUGUGGUGUUGUUUUAAUAAUGCCUCUUAAAAAGGCAAAAGAAGAUUUGUGUAAAGUGUGGGGAGUUAUAUGUGCCAGUGCUGUAAAUCAGGAUGGAAGAUCAGUUACUCCUAUCACUAAACCUUCACAAAACCAACAGGAAGUCCUACUGCAGAGCAUCUAUAGGACCAUAGAUCCAUCUGCUGUGCAGUAUGUAGAAGCACAUGGUACUGGAACAACAGUAGGAGAUCCAGUUGAAGCUGCCAGCAUUGGAAACAUGGUUGGAAAAAAACGCUCUAGUGAAUUAAUGCCUCUAAAGAUUGGAUCAGUUAAGGGGAAUAUCGGACACACAGAAUCAGCAGCUGGAAUUGCUGGUUUAAUCAAAGUUCUUCUUAUGAUGCACCAUGAAGUUAUUCCUCCAUCCUUGCAUUGCACAACUGAAUCAUGCAUCAGGAAAUUCGAUGAGUACAAUCUAUUAAUUCCUGUAAACCCUGAAAAAUGGGAGGACUCAGGAAAAUAUGGCAGGAUGGCAGGAUUAAAUAGCUUUGGUUUUGGUGGAACAAAUGCUCAUCUUGUCAUUAAGCAGCACAAAAACAAUUAUUCUCAAUGUGUUUCAAAACGACAGGUUGAUUUAUUUAUCCUAUCUGCCUUUUCCUGUGAGUCACUUAAACUACUGAUUGAGGACACAAAACAGAAAUUAAACAAAAUGAUAUCUCUAUCACUUCAAAAUCUGGUGUACACAUCUGCUUGCAGAAGAAGUCAUAAUAACUAUAAAUACAGAAAAGCAUUUUUAGCCACUUCGCUUACACAUUUACAGCAACAACUCGAAUCAGCCAACACUGAUACAGCACCAACUAAAGAAAGACCUCCGAUAAUCUUUGUGUUUUGUGGCAAUGGUGUUAAUUACAAGGGGAUGUGCAAGAUGUUACUGAGAUAUGAACCAGUUUUUAGAAAUAAAUGUAUUGAGAUAGAUGAAAUUCUACAGGUUUAUACACCUCUUUCCAUUUUAGAUUUACUAGAGAGUGAAUAUGAUGAUUUCUCAAGACCAGAGAUUGCACAGCCAAUGCUCUUUACCAUUCAGGUCUCAUUAGUGGCUCUGCUGAGGCACUGGGGAGUGAAGCCAGACACUAUCAUAGGACAUUCAGUUGGGGAGGUUGCUGCAGCACACUGUGCAGGACUGCUUUCACUCCAGGAUGCUGCUAAGGUCAUUUAUUACAGAAGCAUGCUGCAAGCCAAAGUUACUGGAGGAAAAAUGCUUGUAGUUAGCAAUAUACCCGUGACUGAUAUAGCAAGAGUUAUUCAGCCUUAUUCUGGAAAAAUCUGCAUUGCUGCUUACAACAGUCCUAUGUCAUGCACACUUUCUGGUGAUGCAAAAUCAAUUGAACAAAUAUAUAAUCAAAUGACCAAAACAAAUAGCAAUGGGAAUUUAUUACUGCAUAUGCUAGAUGUCCCUGCUGCAUAUCACAGCCACCUGAUGGAUCAAAUAUUAAAGGACACAAAAAUCUACUUACAAAAUUUAGCCGUACAAAAGAUUGAAGCAGAUCUCCUUUCAACAGUAACUGGAAAAAAAGCUUCUCAAGGGGAUUUUACAACUGGUGAAUAUUGGGCCAGAAAUAUCCGUGAACCUGUUGCUUUUGAACAAGCUUUAAAAACUUCAGAAAAAUCUAAUGAACGGGCCCUUUUUAUUGAAAUAGGACCCAGGAGAGCAUUACAGAGAUACAUUAUAGAUGUUUUAGGACAGCAUAAUGUAGUCUUACCUGUUAUACAUCCAAGUGCAGAAUAUGAGACAAUAUUUAGCCUCCUUAGAACUCUUUUCACAGAAGGAUACAAUCCUGACUGGAAUAAUAUCUAUGAAGCCUACAAAUCUGUUCCAGCUGAUAUUCCCCAAUAUCAGUUUGACCACAAAAAGCAAGAGAUCAACUAUGAGAAAGUUCGGCAAGGAAACCAAAGUGUAACAAUCACAGCGCACUCACUGCUCCAAGGUUUAAAUGAAAAUAUGACUGAAUUCACAUGUUGUAUUUCAAAAGCAACAACUCCCUACAUAUAUGAUCACAAAAAUAAUGGAUCUGUAAUAGUUCCAGGUACUUUUUAUGUAGAGCUUGGUUUAGCAGCUACAAUAAUCAACAUGAAACCAAAAGUGCCUUUAAAUUCCCUUGAAAUCAGCAUUGAAUUUUCCAGUCCAUGUGUUGUUAAUCAAAAAUCAAUUGAUCUGAAAAUCAAGCUAGAGAAAAAAAAUUAUGUUACUAAUUUUGAAAUCUUGGCCUCACAUGUUUUUGCUACAGGUCAGGUAAAAAAAAAGAAUGAAAGGUUAAAUGAAUUAAAAAAGAUAUCUCUUGAGCACAUCUUCAAAAGAUGUAAGUUGGUUUACACAAGAGAUGAAAUUUAUGAUGCAUUGUCAAGAUUUGGAUUUCAAUAUGGGAGUGUUUACAAACAGCUGUCUGAUAUUUAUUACGGGGUAGAUUUAAAGGAAGGAAUUACUGAAAUGAAACUGAGUGAAGAGAUUAGGGAAGAAAUGCAUGAAUACUCCAUACAUCCUGUUGUUUUAGACUGCUUUCUUCAGAUGAUUGCUUCCCUUGUUAAAGAAAGUAAAGGAUCUUCAGUUAUCUUUCCUUCUGCCAUUGGCAGUCUAACAAUAAUCAGACCACUUCAAGAAAAAAUGUUUAUUUAUGCAAAAGAAGUAAAGAAGACUGAGAAUUAUUUAGAACUCUGUGGUUGUUUUACAGAUGAAAACGGUUUCAUGUUAGCAGAAGUAAAAAAUGCAAGGCUGACAUUUGUAAGGGAACUAUCUCACAAAACAACAAAUGUGUUUUUUGAAAACAGCUGGAAAAGGGUUUUAGGACCAGCCAGCAUGAAUAAACCAAAUCCGGAGCCUAAAAUCCUAGUUAUUGCUGAUCUAUCUGGUAUAGGACAACAAUUACAAAAACACAUUAGUGGUUUGAAUUUUAUUUUUCAUAACAACUGGGAUUCUGCUGAUACAAAAAUGAGGACAAUGAAUAUGCUCACUAGUGAAUAUAGUGAUGUGUUGUUCAUGUGGGGAGUUCAAACUGUUCAGGAAGAAUUUACAUUCACCCUUACACAAUAUCUAGCAAAGUGUUGUGAGGUUUAUCAGCAAGUGAUCCUAGCUGUGAGAGAGAAAAAUCCCAAAGCGUCAAUAAGAACAGUCACCUUUCGAACAACUGAGAACACUGUGGACAACAUUAACCCUGGAUUUGUUUUGGUAGGCAUGACUAGAGCUUGUGUAACUGAAAUGACAGAUAUGUCAUUCCAACUGAUUGACAUUAGCUCUUCAAACCCUGAUACUGUAGAAUCCCUGGCAAAGGUAAUUCGCUAUUAUAACCCAAGUGAAUUUCCAGAAAUAAGGAUACAUAAAGGCAACAUUUAUGAAAGUGAAAUUGCAUACACUACAAAUGAUGUUGAAGAAUUCAGGAAAUAUGCAGUGUCUUUAAAAAAUACUGACAUUUUCACUUUGUAUAGUAAAGAUCCAUACAAAUUAGAAGACCUUUCUGCAGAGUUAAAUGAUUGCAAAAUUCUGGAGCUCCCAAACAAAUAUGUUGAGGUAGAAAUUGAUCAGAUAUCCAUCCACACUGAAGACUACUUUCCUGUUAGUCUCUCCAGUUACCAAUAUGGAAGCACCUUGUACUGGAACACUUUGACUAAUCACAAACACAAGCUCCUAGUUCUGAACUUCACUGCUACUGUAACAACAGUUGGUAAGAAAGUCAGAACAAUUAAAGUGGGUGAUCAUAUUGCUUCAUGUUAUCCAAUUGUUGCAUCAUCCAGAGUGGCUCUUCCUGAUAGUGUCUGCCAUCGUAUCAAGAACAUUCCAAUCUUAAAGAAGCUGCCAUGUAUAUCCCAUUUCAUUUUAGCAUGGGAAAUUUUAAAUCAACUACCAAAGGCAAAAAAUAAACCUGAACUGGUGAUUGUAACUUCGGAAGCAAAUUCAAUUGUAUGCAAAGUUAUAAGCAAGGCUGCUAAGGAAAGAGGAUGGGAGUUAGUAAAAUCAGUAGAUAGUUGUACAAAUGUCAAGAAGUGCAGUGCAAUGAUUAUUCUCCCUCCAUCAGAUGUCAUUUACGAAGACUUGUCUCAUUUGCCCAUGCUUAAAGACUUGGUAAUAAUAAGUGACAGAAAAAUUCUGCAUGGUUUUCAGAAUCUUACAGAAAUUUGCAAAGGGGAUAUUCACUUUCAUAUUCUCAAUCUCAAUGCCAUUUUCCAGAAAUCAUACAUUGAAAAGUGUGCAAAACAUAUAUAUAAAUUGAUCAAAUUAUUGCAUGCAGAGCUGUUUCAAAGUGUUACUAACUCUCUGCUCACAGAAAGGAUUCAGUCCAUACCAGCCACAGACAAGAGCUAUUUCAUAGAGAAAUGCUUACCCCUCAUUGAUCUGGACAAAAUUAAGGUAUCAAGUAUUCCAAUCUCUAUCACUCAACACACACUUUUUAAGCAAGAUGCUGUUUACAUUGUGACAGGUGGUCUGAGUGGUCUAGGAUUUGAAACAGUAAAGUUUAUUGCACAACAUGGUGGCGUAAACAUUGUCACUCUGUCCAGAACAAAACCAACUCUUGAAAUGGAACAACAAAUACAAAUCAUCUUAGCUGAAAAGAAGAACACAAAAAUAAUCUUGCUGCAGUGCAAUGUAACUGACUAUUCAGAUGUGAAGAAAAUAAUAAAUUAUAUUGCAAAUAUAUUUGCAAAGAUUCCAGUUAAAGGGGUUUUCCACAGUGCUGCAGUUUUCCAUGAUGGAUUUCUUUCUCAGCUUAAUCAGUCGCUAUUUGAGAAAGUGCUUAGCCCAAAAGUUGAGGGGACAUUCAAUCUUCACCAGGCUACACUCAACAUGGACCUUGAUUAUUUUGUAUGUUACUCAUCAAUUUCCUCAUUUUUGGGAAACCCAGGGCAAGCAAAUUAUGCAGCUGCCAACUCAUUUCUGGACAUAUUCUGCCAAUACAGAAGAAACUUAGGGCUUUCAGGGCAGUCUAUCAGUUGGGGUGCUCUCAAUUUAGGAAUAUUGCUCAAUCGACAUGAUCUUCAAGGGUUGCUGCAAGCAAGAGGAAUACUCAUAUUGGAAACACAAGAGGUGCAUGAAUAUUUGGAAAAAAGCUUAAUGAUAAAUAAACCCCAUCAAGUAAUUGCCAAGUUUGAUUUUAAAAUCAUUAACAAUAAGAUUUUAACAUUGAAAAAGCGUCUCUACAACAUUGUAACUAAAGAAAUUAGCAACCUGAAUGAAACAGAUGUAAGACAAAGUGAGAGACCUAUCAUUAAACCAGAAGAUUAUAUUAUCUCAUUAGUAAGUGAACUCACAAAUGCCAGCUUGAAUGACAUCACAAUGGAUACUUUGCUAACAUCAUUAGGAAUUGAUUCCAUGCUCAGCAUGACGAUACAGAAUCGUAUCUUUCAAGAAAAAGAAAUAAACAUACCUCCUGUUAAACUGUUUGAUCCUAGCACAACUGUGUCAAUGCUAGUGUCUAUGAUUAGUCAAAAUGCAGGUGACACAAAAGAAAAGAUGACUAGUGCCACUUUGGAAGUCAUUAGGCUAUAGGAAAUGUUACUAAAGACUGCUACUGCAUGAGGCAAAUUAAAAAAAUAUAUAUGUGUGUGGUUGAGCCAGCCUUUUAAAAUUAUAUCCAUGGAUAGUAUUUGACAUUGCAACUAAUUUAAGAAAGUACAGUACAAUAAAAAUAUA